AUGGAGAGGGCCAGGCCGGAGCCGCCGCCUCAGCCGCGCCAACUGCCGCGGGCGACCCCGCCGCGCCCGCUGCGCCCCGCUCCGCCCCCGCUGCCGGUCGAGGGCUCCUCCUUUCGGGCAGCGGCCGCCGAACCCCCUCCGUUGCCGCCCGGCUCGGGCGCGGCCGCCAUGGCCUCGUCGUGCAGGGAGGCCCCGGCGUCGGGCGUCCAGCCCGCGGCACGGCGGCUGCUGCAGGUGAAGCCGGAGCAGGUGUUGCUGCUGCCGCCAGGGCCAUCCCUGCCUCAGGCCCGGGACGACGGCGCCGCCGCCUCGCCCGCGCAGGCGCGGCUGCUGCAGCUGAGGCCCGAGCUGCUGCUGCUGCCGCCGCCGCCGCCUCCGUCCCCGUCCGAGGGCGCCCCCUGCAGGCCCGAGUUGCACCCGGUGCAGCCCCGGGCGCUGCACGUCAAGGCCGAGAAGCAGGAGCCGGGGUCCGGCUUGGAGCCAUCGGUGGGGCCGCGGAGGGCCGUCGAGGCGGGCCCCAGGGCUUCCAGGGCGGCCAAGGCGGAAGGCCCCGGACUGGCCGUCGGCAGCCGCCGAGGGGACGAGAAGAAGGGCAAGUUGGCGGUGGAGGAGGUCAUGAGGGACGCGGCGAAAGGCGGGGAAGGCAGAAGCCUGGCGGCCCUCCGAGAAGGAGUCAUCAAAACGGAGCAGCCCGAGAGUCUCCGCGAGGACUGCAGGCUCUGCGCGGAGCCCGCGUCCAGUGGCCUGGUCCACGGCAGCAAGGAGGUCAUCCUGGGCCAGCCGUCCAACGCCUUUGGUCCGCAUCAGCAAGACCUCAGGAUCCCUUUGACUCUCCACCCUGUCCCCCCUGGGGCCCGGAUUCAGUUUCAGGGACCUCCUCCGUCAGAGCUGAUACGGUUGACCAAGGUCCCCUUGACACCAGUGCCUAUUAAAAUGCAGUCCUUACUGGAGCCUUCUGUAAAAAUUGAAACCAAAGAUGUCCCGCUCACCGUGCUUCCCUCAGAUGCAGGAAUACCAGACACACCCUUCAGUAAGGACAGAAAUGGUCAUGUGAAGCGACCCAUGAAUGCAUUUAUGGUUUGGGCAAGGAUCCACCGGCCAGCACUAGCCAAAGCUAACCCAGCAGCCAACAAUGCAGAAAUCAGUGUCCAGCUCGGGUUAGAGUGGAACAAACUUAGUGAAGAACAAAAGAAACCCUAUUAUGAUGAAGCACAAAAGAUUAAAGAAAAGCACAGAGAGGAAUUUCCUGGUUGGGUUUAUCAGCCUCGUCCAGGGAAGCGAAAACGCUUCCCUCUAAGUGUUUCCAAUGUAUUUUCUGGUACCACACAAAAUAUCAUCUCUACGAAUCCUACAACAAUUUAUCCUUAUCGCUCACCUACCUACUCUGUGGUAAUUCCCAGCCUACAGAACACCAUCACUCAUCCAGUUGGUGAAGCCCCACCUGCCAUCCAGCUGCCCACCCCUGCAGUCCAGCGCCCAAACCCCAUCCCACUUUUCCAGCCCAGCGUCUCCAGUACGGCCCCGGUGGCUGUCCAGGCUCCAAGUCUGCCCCUCUGUCCAGCACUCCCACCCCAGCACUUUUCUGGGCCCUCUCAAACGGACACUCAUCGGCUGCAUUCCGGAGCCAGUCUCUCUGUGAAGAGAGCCACUCCUGUCUCUCUGGAGAGCACUAACAAGAUUCCAACUAGUGCAAGUACUGCCCAUGCCAGAUUUGCAACCUCAACCAUCCAGCCUCCCAAGGAGUAUCCCAGCGUUUCCACUUGUCCCAGAAGUGCUCCAAUCCCCCAGGCUCCUCCUAUUCCACAUUCACAUGUCUACCAGCCCCCUCCCCUUGGCCAUCCGGCCACAUUGUUUGGGACACCACCGCGAUUCUCUUUUCAUCACCCUUACUUCCUACCUGGACCUCACUACUUCCCAUCAAGCACGUGCCCUUAUAGUCGGCCUCCUUUUGGCUAUGGAAAUUUUCCAAGUUCAAUGCCAGAAUGCCUUGGUUAUUAUGAAGACAGGUACCAAAAACACGAGGCUAUGUUUUCAGCUUUAAAUAGAGACUAUCCUUUUAGAGACUACCCGGAUGAACGCACGCACAGUGAAGAUUCUCGGAGUUGUGAGAGCGUGGAUGGGACCUCUUACUAUAACAGUCAUAGCCACGGUGGGGAGGAGUACUUAAAUCCCGUACCUCAGCUGGACAUUGGAGCCUUGGAAAACGUCUUCACAGCCCCAACAUCAACUCCCUCCAGCAUCCAGCAAGUCCACGUCACUGACAGUGAUGAGGAGGAAGAAGAAAAAGUGCUCAGGAAUUUAUAA